ACGGUCUCGACAACGCAGCCUCGAUCACCACACAAACACAGGACCAGCCCGAGAUCGGGCCUGCCCAGCAGCGACGCAUUCUGCGUCCUCCCGCUCGCCCCAAACGACAUAAAGGCGGCCGUCGAUGGCCUGCCGUCCCGGUCUCGCUGCUUGCCCCUGCCUGUCGCCUGCCUGUCUGCCUGCCCGUCGACAGAGCCGCCGAUCCAGAUCCAGAUCCAGAUCCAGAGCCCGCAACGCUGCAGCCGCAUCUAAUGGAGCCUCCUCGUCCCGAGACCUUCGCCCGACAAGCGAUUCACCCACGGCCAUCGCUCGCACUUGCGCCGAGCAGCCUCUCGACAUCGCCCUCCAAGAUCUCGCCGCUGUCGACCUCGCCGCUAUCCUCGUACUUCCACAACCAGCGCCUUGACCUUGGACCCGACAGCCCCGUGCACGGCAAUGCUGGAUUCGACAAGAACUUUCCCGACGAAUACCCAUUCUGGUACGGCGGACCCUCUGGCGUCCGCCACAUGGACCAGCAGACCGACUUUGGCUCAGACGACGACACCGAAGCCACUCGAUUCCUCGACAACGAAUCGGUACGAUCGCUGAUAUAUGGCGGCUUCCAGGACGAAAUCAAGCCCAAGGACUUUGAAACCGAGCAGCGCAAGAGCGACUCUGUGCUGCACUAUUUUGUUGCAACCGAGACGAGCGAAAGCGCUCUGGACCAGUAUCUGACAACCAUCAUCCACGCAUUUCUGAACGAUCCCUCUCGCAUCAACGCCUCAAAUCUGGAUUCGCCCGAGACCCUGCAGUCCAAAUUUGGCCGGAUUUCCAUCCCCACAGUAGAGGACGGCAACGCCAGCAAGACCAUCCACAACUAUUUAUCGUCGGUCAAAUCGAAUGUGAUCGACAAGGCUACACGAGUAUCGUCAUCGAAAAUGAUCGGGCACAUGACCACCUCCUUGCCAUACUUCCAUCGCCCGCUGGCUCGGCUCCUGACUGCCCUCAACCAAAACGUGGUCAAGAUCGAGACGGCCGCGACGAUGAGCUAUCUUGAGCGCGAAACCAUCUCGAUGUUGCACAAUGAGUUUUAUCGCCUGCCGAAACGCUUCUAUGAAACCUACAUGCACUCUCCCGACCACUGCCUUGGUGUCUUUACCUCGGGUGGCACAAUCGCCAACAUCACAGCAAUAUGGGCGGCCCGCAACACUGCCCUGGGUCCCCAGGCUGCCCCUGACGGCGGCGUUGCCUUCAAGGGCGUCGACAAAGAGGGAAUCUACAAAGCCUUGCAGUACUACGGCUACAACGGCGCUGUUAUUGUAGGCUCGUGCUUGAUGCACUACUCCUUCAAGAAGGCUGCCGAUCUCCUUGGUCUUGGCGACGAAGGCCUGCGCCUGAUCCCCACUGAUACCGACUUCCGCGUCAACACCGACAUUCUCAAGGCAGUUGUCGAGGAAUGCAUCCGAUCCAAGGUUCUGAUCAUCGCGAUUGUUGGCAUCGCUGGCACGACCGAAACCGGCUCGAUCGAUGAUCUCAAUACGAUUGCUCGAAUCUCCUCCAAGCACUCGAUUCACUUCCACGUCGACGCUGCCUGGGGCGGGCCCCUCGUAUUCUCGCGCGAUCAUCAGUACAAGCUCAACGGCAUCAAGCUGGCCAACACCGUCACAGUCGACGCACACAAGCAGCUCUACAGCCCAAUGGGCCUUGGUCUGCUGCUCUUUCGGUCGCCAAGUCAUGCGCACAGUAUCCGAAAGACUGCCAACUACGUCAUCCGCAACGACUCGCCGGAUCUCGGCAAAUUCACUCUGGAGGGCUCCCGCCCUGCCAACUCGCUCCAUCUGCAUGCGUCGCUGCACCUGCUGGGCCGCAACGGCCUCGAGAGUCUGACGACCCGCAGCGUCGUGCUUGUUCGCCAGCUCUACGGCCGGCUGCAGACCCACCCCGCACGCUGCUUCCAGGCGCUGCACGAGCCCAUGACCAACAUCCUGCUCUACCGAUACAUUCCGCGCGAGCUGCGCGACAAGAUCUCGGCGAUAGAAGCCUACCGGGACUCAUUCCUUCCUUUGUCGGAGACGGCCGCAAGCCUCGAAAAGGUGACGCUCUCGCGGCGCGAGCAAGAUGCCAUAUCCGAGAUCACCAAGAAGAUCCAGACCCGCCAGUCGCACUGUGGCAAGGCCGGCUUUGUGAGCCGCACCAGGGUCUCGAUCGACCACGACGGCGUCAACGUCAUGGUGGAUGCCUUCCGGGUCGUGAUCGCCAACCCGCUGACCAAGUGGGAAGAUGUGGACGAGAUUGUCUGCGAACAAGUCAAACUGGGUCUGGAGCUGGAAGAGGAGAUGAGGAAGGAGAAUGCUCUGCUCGAGGCAAAGAACAACCCGCGAGACUGGCCGGGAUGGCCAUUCGAGUUUUGAGCAUGAUGCACCAGAUGAUAUCCAUGCUGCCGGCGACCAAUACAGCACAGCGUACCCCAGAGC